AUGGUUUUGUCUCAAACGGGUCGUCAGAUCAACUAUCCGGAGUACGAAAACUUCUUGGCUUCUCUGGAGAAACAGGGCGGUCCGUUCAAGUUCGUAACUGCUCAGAAGCACUUUCCCGUUGGCUCCAAAGUUGGAACAGCGCCGAAACAAAGAAGUUUGGCCGAGAUUCGAAAGUCGGUACUGGAGUCCCCCAGGGUCAAAGUGAGUUUCUCUCAGAUUGCGAAGUAUUGCGAACACUCCCUAAUCCCUCGCCUUAUCAGUUGCAAGAAUUACAACAUAAAUAAUGCUUCCAUCAAAUCUUCGGCCCGAUUGUAGUCUCGGCCGCUCAAACCAAAGUUCGCACGUGUCAAACUUGUUUGAUAACGUUAUAACGAAAAGUGAUAAGGGCACGAAAACGAAAGGAAUUCUGGGAUUUCAGAGUGUGAUCAGUGAGGAGACUCUCCGACGGCAAUGUCCUCCAGAAGACGUGCGCAAGGAGGCGGAGGGGAUUCUGGACGAGAUGUCGCACACUUUCAAUCUCUACAACGUCCGCUCGUUCGGAUACGCAGUCUGUAAAGCGAUGCAGGUAGGAAAGAGGCCCCGAUGCAUUCGCAAAUUUCCGGUUUUUGCAGAAACUCUACGACGGAAUCUAUGUGAACGAGAAGCAGUUGCUGGAGAUUCGCGAGCGGAGCAAGAAGGACUGUGUCGUGUUCAUGCCCUCCCACAAGACGUACUUUGAUUUUCUGCUCCUGUCACUCAUCUGCUUCCGAUACGUAAGUGAAGUGACCCCCGAGGCAAAUCGUGUGAUUCGACCGUUUUGAGGACAUUCAACUGCCCGCCAUCGCCGCCGGCCAAGACUUUAUGAGCAUGAAGUUCAUGGCGGGAGUACUCCGGCGAUCGGGCGCCUUCUUCAUGAGAAGGUCGUUUGGAACGGUGAGAGGGACAAAGAAAGAACGAAAGGGAAUUGGGUUUCAGGACCGAUUGUACUGGGCGGUCUUCUCCGAAUACGUCCAAUCGCACGUCGUCAACAAUGACCGAACCAUUGAGUUCUUUGUGGAGGCCACGCGUUCCCGAGUCGGCAAGUCCCUCCAUCCCAAGUACGGAAUGCUGCAGAUGGUGCUUGAACCGUACCUUCGUGGCUACGUCUUCGAUAUUGUCAUCGUGCCAGUGUCUAUGAACUACGAUAAAAUUCUCGAAGAGAAGCUGUACGCCUACGAACUUCUGGGAUUCCCAAAGCCGAAGGAGUCGACGGGAGGUCUUCUGAAGGCCAGGGAAAUUCUGAACAACAACCACGGAAGUUGCUUCCUGACGUUCGGAGAGCCGAUUUCAGUGAGACAAUACUUCGGAACAAGCCUGCACAGAGGGACAUUCGUGUGCCAACCGGACUCUCAGUUCGUGCUCGACGCUCAGGCAAAGCAGGAAAUCAAAAAGUUCGCCCAUCAUGUCGUCGAAACGCACAACAAGAAUGCGGUGAUUACGGUGUGGAGUGUCGCGUGCAUGGUCAUUCUGCAGGUGAGCCAGAUCUCAAACAUCCGCCGAAACCCUAGAUUUCUUCAGACUUUCGAUCGGGACGAUCAAUCGAUCCUUACGUACUCUGGCAUUUAUUCCGGAGUGGAGGACUUGAUAACUCUUCUGAACAGACUCGGAACUGUUGUUAAUAUCGACACGAAUCUAGAUAAGAAUUUGAGGUUUUCAAAAAAUGAGAAAAGAUUUAUAAUCAACAACAAUGUACUUCAGAUACUAUCUCAAAAUGCAUAGUGAUUUGUUCGAACCUUUCGACGUCACCGCCUCAGACUUUCAGCUGAAAUUCAUUGAUUUUCCGGUAGCCCAUCAGAAGCCAGAAGUGCCCAUUAAUAUUAUGGAAAGAGCGGUUAGCAGACUCAUUCUCACCACUUAUUCGAAUGGGGUCAGUCUUCAAAUCUACUAUCUGUGGACAUUGGAACAUUGAAACACUUUCAGAUGAUUCACGCUGUUGACAGUGAAGGAAUUCUAUGCACAAUCGUCAGAAACACGGAAAAGUGCCAAGUGGCGAAGGCAAAAGAGGAGUUUUGGUAGAAUUUCGAUAACUUUUCGGAAAAUCGAUAACGAAAUUACAGUUGGCUGCAUAACCUGAUGAAGAGAGAAUUCAUCACUAUCCCUGGAGAACUUGGCGCACUUUUCGAUAAAACUAUGGAUAUUUUGUCAUCUUCCGAAGUUUUAAAGACUUCUGAAGACGGAUUUCUAGAAAUCAUCGAUGAAAGAGCUUCAACCGUGCUCAGCAAACUUGUCUUGGUACAGAAAAGCAUAAAUUGCUUCAGAAACAACUGAAUUUUCAGCCCUAUUUCUACAAUUUCGAAAUAGCUUUAGAUUCUUUCAGUCCGAGCAAGCCGAUCGUUCCGAGUUUAACGGAAGUCAUGGGAACUGUUCAGAAAGUGAGCUCCGAUCCUCAAAUUGUCAAACUACUUAAAUUUCAAAAAUUUUCUGCAGAAUAUCAGUGACGCCUACCAGAAUCGUUUUCCGAACACCCGAUUGUCAUUCCUCUCCACUGAGCCCAUCAAGAACGCAUUCACAACAUUAACAGACUUCGGAGCAUUCGAAAAACAUGUAAAUCUCUGAAAUUCGCUAAUUUUCGCCAAAAUCAAACUUUACAGAGCUCUGGAAUCCGUCCGAACUUUGCCAAACUUCAUCAAGUGCGAGCACGACUUGCGAAAUUUACGAAAUCUUUAACUGCUUCGAAAUUAUGA